AUUUUUUAAAAAUAGCAAUGAUAUUUCAAUUUCAAAUUUUUGUAUUAUUUGUGACAAAAUAUGUAUUAGAGGUAAAUAGUGAGUCUCGAGACGUAACCACCGAUGACUUCCAACUGGACUGUCUUCUCACUCAUAAUAAGUACAGAGACAAACAUUGCGCUACUUCUCUCAAAUUUAGUCCUAAACUAAAAUUGUUAGCCAAUCGACGGGCAGUUUAUUUAUCGACAAAUGAGGGUCAAAAUCAUAGUCGAGUCCAAAACGUGGCAUUUGGUGAAAAUAGUUAUGUUAUGCAAUACCAGAACUCGACAUCUGUUGACUGCAAAGCCAUUGUAGAGAAGUGGUUCAAUGAGAGAAGACUUUACAAUUGGAGAGACGACACUAAAGUUGGAUAUCAUUCGCGACAUUUCGCUCAGAUUGUAUGGAAUUCAACGCAAAGACUUGGAUGUGCUUCAGUGGUGUCCAAARCUAGUCAUCUAUACGUUGUUUGCAAUUAUUAUAAUUUAAAGCCUUUUCCACAAAACGUYUCACAAAAUAUCAUAUCAGAAGAGAAAUGCGAUCAAAUUCUUAGCAAAAGAAGUUUUAAAUAUCGGGAACUGACAAAUGGUCUCUGGAGUCAACAAUGUCUUAAUGAACACAACCGUAUCAGACAAUUGCAUUCAGUCCCACCACUCACUAUCAAUGACCAAAUGCUUGAAUUGGCACAAAAGCGAGCUCUAGAAAUGGCUCGAAAAGGAUUUCGAUUUUUUAGACAUAAGAACUGGCGUUGGGGUGAAAAUAUUCAUUGGACUAAAGCAACAAACAAUAGCAUAAAAGCCAUUAAUUGUAAAUUAUCAAUUGGUAAGUGGUAUCAGGAGAUUAACAAUUAUGAUUGGGACUUCCGUGAGACAUCCAAUGGCACAAUAAGACAUUUUCUCCAAAUGGUUUGGAGGCCAACCAAUAUAGUUGGAUGCGCUCAGAUCCAGAAUGUGGAGGAAACCAAGGUGGGGUUUACACUGUAUGCCUGUAUGAUCCCAAAGCUGAUCUCCAUUACUCUGACCUUCAUUGGGUGAAUGUAUUUCCGGAUAUUUCAAAAAUAACAGAACAGCCGACAGAAAUAAUAUCAAUACAACAAAAUUCUGGAGACGAUUACGGACACGAAUCGGAUGAGUUGGACGACGAAACAGAACUCGAGAAAGAAUUUAAAGAUGUWGACGACAUCAUCGACACAAAUGCUUACUUAGGACUCACACCUGCUGUCAGUUUGGAAGAUGUCUUCAUUAAGACAACAACUCCUGGUUUAGCCUUUGAUCGCAACGAAUACCUUCACAAACGCAAAGCUAGUGAUAGACGAAAA